GCCAGCUUCUCUCAUCUUUGUAUCCCAGUGACCUACCCUACCCUGUUCCAAGCCUUAGGCACCACAGCUUCCUAAUUAUUUCCCUUCUUAAGCAGCCCGGCAACCUCUCAGAGAAAAAGAUGAAGAUCGGGAAGGCUCCUGAGCUCCCGAAGAAGGCGGCAGCGAUGUGCAAGAGCAAGACCACCAGGCUCCUCAUCCUCGCCUCGCUCCAGCGCCGUAGGAUGGCCACGGCCGCCGUGGUCUCUCGCAAGAUUGACGCGCUCAUAAUGGCUGACUGGGAGAGAGCGGACCGCCACAAGGCACUCGCGUUGGGAAUGGUCGAGAAGAAACCGGUCAUCAACCAUGAGAGUGACUUGGAGGCCAACUUUUCUCGUCACUUGGUGAUGUUCGGUCAAGAGAAUGGUCAUGGUCGCUGCCACACUGACCGAAUGCAUUCCUUCUUCAACAACGACCAAGAGAACUUCCAUUACACUGACGAUGAUGAUGUGGAACUUGAUUCAUGUGAUCAAGACGAUGAUGAUGAGCCAUCAGUCAUGGAUGUAAUCAAGAACAACCGAGAAGUUGAGGGGUUGGAGUUCAACAUGGAGGAGGAGAUUGAUCAGGCUGCUGAUAUGUUCAUUAGGAGAUUCCGGCAGCGGCUGAACGAGGGAUUUUAGGGUCUUGGUUGCACAUGCAUGUACCUCAGCCUAGGGAAUUGUCUUCUUUUUAGGUUCCCACAAAUUAGAAAAUUUUGUAGAAAUCAACAUGAGUAGGAGUUGAUGCUUGACAAAAAAAUGAUCAUUAUUGCCAUUUAUUUUUGAACAAUAUUGUCAACAUCUAAGAUCCCUCAGCCUCACCCACCACUAUAGAAAAAACCAUCUAUGAGUGGUUGGCGGAUUGCUGUGUAAAUCCACGGGCACUUGGCAUACAUACAAUAUGUUUGCCGAGUACCGUGUAAAUUAAACUCGACAAACAAAAGGUAGUCAGUAAUAUUUGGUCUUCACUGUUUUCCCAAGAAAACACUUGUCAUAAACAAAGAGCCUGACAAAGGAAGCAGACGAUACUCGGCAAACAAAAAGUUCUCGGCAAA